AUGGCAGUCAGACUGUGUGAUGUGGCUACUCUGCUUAGAAGUGGUUCGUGGCCUGCAGAGCCUUGGACUGGGCAGGUAAUUGCUGCCAUGGAAACACAACUGUCCAAUGGUCCAACCUGUAAUAACACGACAAAUGGCCCUUCAAACACCAACACUGGCACAAACAACUGUUCAUCACCUGUUGACAGUAACACCAUGCCAGAGGACAGCAAAACCAACUUAAUAGUCAACUACUUGCCUCAAAACAUGACACAAGAGGAGCUCAAAAGCCUGUUUGGCAGCAUUGGUGAAAUAGAAUCCUGCAAACUAGUACGGGACAAAAUAACAGGUCAGAGCCUUGGUUAUGGGUUUGUAAACUAUGUGGACCCAAAGGAUGCUGAAAAAGCCAUCAACACAUUAAAUGGUCUCAGACUUCAAACCAAAACAAUAAAGGUUUCUUAUGCCCGUCCCAGUUCUGCUUCCAUCAGAGAUGCAAAUUUGUAUGUCAGCGGACUCCCGAAAACCAUGUCCCAAAAGGAACUGGAACAGCUUUUCACCCAAUAUGGACGCAUAAUUACCUCAAGGAUUCUUGUGGACCAGGUCACUGGGGUGUCCAGGGGUGUUGGUUUCAUUCGGUUUGACAAGAGAGUGGAAGCUGAGGAAGCAAUCAAAGGUUUGAAUGGGCAGAAGCCUCCAGGUGCAACAGAACCAAUCACUGUUAAGUUUGCCAACAAUCCAAGUCAGAAAACCAACCAGGCAAUCCUAUCUCAGCUGUAUCAGUCCCCAAAUAGACGAUACCCAGGGCCUCUUCAUCAUCAGGCACAAAGGCUAAGGUUGGACAAUCUUCUAAAUAUGGCUUAUGGCGUCAAGAGCUUCUUAAUUUUUGGCAGGUUUUCGCCAAUGACUAUUGAUGGAAUGACCAGUUUGGCAGGCAUCAAUAUCCCUGGGCAUGCUGGAACAGGCUGGUGUAUCUUUGUUUACAAUUUAGCACCUGAUGCAGAUGAAAGUAUUCUUUGGCAAAUGUUUGGACCAUUUGGUGCAGUGACCAAUGUGAAAGUCAUCCGUGACUUUAACACAAAUAAGUGUAAAGGCUUUGGAUUUGUGACUAUGACCAACUAUGAUGAAGCAGCCAUGGCAAUAGCCAGUUUAAAUGGAUACCGUCUAGGGGACAGAGUACUGCAGGUCUCCUUCAAAACCAACAAAACGCACAAAGCCUAA